AGUUCCUUUGCCUCGAAGCCCCACGCGUGUCCCGCGUCGCCCCCAAGGGGGCGACGAGUUCUCUGGCAUGCCCCGCUGCCCCGCCUGCGCGGAUGAAUGACUUGCCACGAGGCAUGGGUUUGGAUCCCAUCUUGGUGCGGCAGCCAGAUGGCAGCCUCGCUGAGGGCCGGCCCGCGGGCCUGGCGGACUCGCCGGUGCUGGCGACCCCGCCCACGCCGCCCCGGGGCUUCUUGGCCGCUGAGCUGGCGGAGCAGGCGAUGCAGGGCUCCAGAAGAGUCCUGAUUUGCAUCCUGCUUUCGAGUUUCUUCGUGGAGAUUGCGCUGGCGGGUGAGCGCCCCAGCGUGCCGCCGACCAAGUGGCAUGCACGAAGGGCGAUGCUGGCUUUGCAGCUGAAUAUUGCCUACGGAGCGCUGUACUAUGCGCUGGGCCUUCAGGCCAUUUACUACAGCCGGUCCGGGCUCCUUUUUCGCGUCGACGGCCAAGGCAUUCGGGAGGCCACGCACUUCCAGCAGCUGGAGCGGCUGCUGCGGCGCUUGGCCUACGCGGCGCUUCUCGGGGCGGCGCUGCAGCCGCUGCUGGCGCUGCUGGCGGGCCACUCCGGGGUGUCACUGGCCUUUCUCCGGGUGGCCGCGUAUUCCCAGGCCCACGACUGCUUGCUGAAUGUGCGCCACGCGUGCGCGGCCUCGCGGUCACUGGUCAACGAGCUGUCCGCGGAGCGCGAAAGCUCGGGCCGGAUCCGGCGCUUCAGCACUGACAGCUGGGCCUGAGGGCCGCCGAGUCCGGCCAAAGCACUGGGAAUGUGCGAAGUUCCUUGACC